GUCCAAACCUGAAGUUGCCAGGGCUUUCCAAACCAAUCUCCUACAUUUUCAAUGCUUAAGUUGUUGGGUUUUCUUUCAGGUUCCCUGGAGAAUCCCUUGGUUAUUUAGACCUCAUUUCUUUUCAUCUUCCCAUAUCACAUUCCUAGCUAGCCUUUCCUGGAUUCUGUCUUCGAUGCAGACCCAGCGAGAAGUUCCUGUUAUGGAAGUAAAAAUGAAAUUGCUUGGAGAACUUGAAGCAGUCGGAUUCCCUCGCGCCCGAGCAGUUCGAGCACUUCAUCAUUCAGGUAAUACUAGCCUUGACGCUGCUGUAAAUUGGCUCAUUGAUCACGAGAAUGAUGCAGACAUUGAUCAGAUGCCCUUGGUAGCAAUAAACUUGGAUAUUGAGUCGCCUCAGCCAUCUGAUAUCACAGAAGCAAUAAAAAUUAAAGAACAGGAACUAAGGGAUCGAGUUCGCAUAAGGAAAGAAGAAGAAGAAAAGAAAAGUGAAAGAGAACGGAAGAAGGAAAGGAUUCGUGCAGGUAAAGCAUUCCUUCAAGCAAAGAGAAUUGCAGAGGAAAAUGAACAACAACGCCUUUUAGCCUUGCGAAAAGCGGAGAAGGAGGAAGAGAGAAGGGCAAGGGAGAAAGUGCUUCAGAAAUUAGAAGUGGAUAAGUUAGAAAGAAAGCGAGCACAUGGAUUGCCACUUGAAAGCCGAGCUGUGAAACCAUCUGGACCUAUUAUACAAGAAAAAAAGAGUUCUUUGCCUGUUAAGUCCGUUCAAAAGGAUGAGCCCAUGAGAGAAUGUCUACGGUCUCUGAAGCACACUUACAAGGAUGAUCAUGCCAGAGUUAAAAGGGCAUUCCAAACCCUAUUGAUUUAUGUCCGAAAUGUUGCAAGGAUGCCUGAUGAGGAAAAGUUCAGGAAGAUUCGACUUGGUAACCCACACUUCCAGGAGAGGGUUGGGAGCCUGAAAGGAGGGAUUGAGUUUCUUGAGCUUUGUGGGUUUGAGAGAAGUGAAGGGAGCGACUUCUUGAUUUUUCCUCGCGACAAGGUCGAUAUAGAAGUGCUUAACUCAGCUGGUUCUCUGUUAGGAUCUGCAAUCACAAAUCCCUUCUUUGGUCUUUUCGAAAAGAUGAGAGAAGAUUAAGGUUCCAUAAAUGAAUAGAAUAUUGGAAUUUGUACCUACUUCUAUUGUAGAAACUUUUAUGUGUCUGAGUGUUGGCUAAUGUUUCAAUUACAAAGCAAUUGCAAGUGAAUUAUGAAGAAAGUUU